CAUGCGACCUUCGGACCCACCCUCCUUCACCUGGGAACUCCGGCUAGCAGUUGUUAGCUUGGGUUCCAACAGUUUCUCUUUUCGCUGGACUGCCAUCGGCUGCGGAUUCACCUGUUUUGCUAUCCCCGCCGUUGCUGCUUGGACCCCCUUCCAGUUGUUUACAUCUGGCUUCCUAGCGUGAAGAAUUGGAACAAGGCUCUUUGGGAACAGCCUGGUAUUUCCACCCAGUCCAGCAUACCGGCUCUACACCCACGAUUUCCGCAGCACAGGGCCCGUCAUGUGGAGUCUUCCAUGCCUUCUUUUAGCGUUCCAGGCUGUGGUCUUCGCUCUGGCUGGUUCCCUCCGGAGACAGUUUGAGCACCAACAGGCUGCAAACAAUCAAGUAUUCCUGGACAACUCUGCUGCACACACAUUCCUGGGGCGUAAGCUUCUUUAUAACCACUGGGAUUUUGAGCUGAUUGUCCCAGACAACCUGGAGCGUGAGUGCAAGGAGGAGGUUUGCAACUACGAGGAAGCUCGAGAAGUCUUUGAGGAUGACUACAAAACAAAAUUAUUCUGGGAGACCUACCAACACAAUGGGAAGGGUGGAGCAAAAGCUGGUGGCGUGGAUGUGGCUGGCUUGAUAGCUGGCCUCGUAGCAGCACUGGUGUCUGCAAUUAUGUUUGUGAUUGUGGCCAUGUACUGUGUCAAAUAUCGGGCUAAGCAGAGAAACCGGUCCAGCAGGACUCGGGGACACUUGUAUCCUGGUGUGCCACUUGCUGCUUUUGAUGAGGAACCAAAACCAGAGUCUGCGCCAGGACUUCCAUCCUAUGAGCAAGCUAUGGCAUCUCAAGGUGUGCAUGAUGCACCUCCUCCACCUUAUAACAGGAAUCAUGGUACCAAUUCAGCCCCACCAACCUGAAUUAUCAACAGCAGAAUCAACACUCCUGGAAGAACUAUCCUGUGCCCCUCAUGUGAACAAGACGCAAUAUUUGUGCACAUGCAACCCAGCUGGGGAGCGCAUAUGUGACUAUAUUAUACUGAUGUGAAUGACUUAACAUAUGUGUUGGGAAUGCAUGGAGAGAGAGAGAGAGAGAGAGAGAGAGAGAGAGAGAGAGAGAGAGAGUGUGAGUGUGUGUGAGAGAGAGAGAGAGAGAGAGAGAGAGAGAAGGUGAUGAUGAUGAUGAUGAUGAGCAAGUUGUUUAAGAAACAAAAACCUGAAGUUGCAGAAUGUGAAUUAUAUGACUAAUAUUCACUCAAGUUGCAUGGAAAUUAAUUUGCAGUUUUAUAGCUUCAAAUUAGAAUUUUGAACAGAUUUCAAGUACAAGUUCCUUUCUCCUCUCCACCACCUGCCUCAGGAACAAGGCUUAGUAGAGCUGUAUUUUCCAUCAUGGCCUGAGUGUGCAAGAGUUGGCCUGAGUGUAGGUGGGGGAACGUUCCAGGAUAGACAGGAUUGUUCAUCCCUAAUACAGUAACCAGGGGAUCUUAGGGCCUCUAGCCUACUCAGCUAUCAUGGACUAUGUAUGCUCAGACUACAGAGCUGUCUACAAGCACAGAAGGGAAGGUGUGUGUGUAAUGUUAGCCCUUGUAGUUGCAGAAGAUAUGAAGCCUCUGGAUUGGCCUGGCCUGGUAUAAAUACUGGUAGCUUGGCCUUCUGCCUUUAUCUGCUGAAGAGAACACUGCCUACUGCACUCCAUUUACAAUUGUUGAUUUCAGAGAUCCUGAGCUGGAAAACACAGAUUUGAGUAUGGCCACACACGGCCCUAGGCUGGUCCUGACAAUAACAAAGUUCUUGUUUUGGGAGAUGUAGCUUGAUGCUAUCACUCCCAUACAUAUUUAUAUAAGUGUUGAAAAAGUAGUGAAUGUGCAAGGAACAAGUGUGUCUGGGCAAGAUGUGGGAGGAAAGCUGUUUAAAGGGGGCAAUGGAAGAUGGGAGUUGAGAAAGUACACAUAAUUUGGAGAGUAUAUGCAUACAUUUGCAAUGAUAUGAGUGUGCAGGAGCAAAAUAUGUUUUGUGCACACUUCCAACAUGCAUAUCUCCAAAGUCUGUGUGAUAUGGGUUGUGUGUAUUGUAAGAAUGCAUGUAUAAUAAAUAGGGCAAGAUGUAUGCACAUAUGCUAAACUCCUGUCUGUCCGUCCUUUCCACUCACUGGUCCUGAAAUAUUUUUGCAUAGCUCUGAGCACAGUAGAAGGAGCACUCCCUCAUGGCUCUGGGAAAAGAGGGACACAUAUAACAUGGGGAGCAAUAGCAGUACUUGGAUGGACAAGAUCAUUCCUAACUGUGACAUAUCCAAAUAACUGAGUCAUCUUUAUUAUGAUUUUUGUGACAAUAAAAUAUGAGCUACUU